CCUGCCUUGUGUUGUUGAAGUCCUGCAGCUCAUGAAAGGCACCUCCAGGCCAAGUUUUAACAGUCCUUGUUGUGGGCACUGAUGCAGACAUGACUUCUCUACUUGUGCUUCACCUAAUACUCGCUGGACUCAUGGGAAUCCACAGCAAAAUUAUUACAGUGAGUAAAGUGUCAGUCAAGGCUGGAGACUCCAUCUCCAUACCAUGUCUCUAUGAGCCGGAAUACAAAAACCAUGUGAAAUACUUGUGUAAAGGACUCCUUUGGGACUUCUGCAAAUAUAAAGUUAAAACAAAUGAGCCAGAUGAUUCAGGAAAGUUUUUGAUCUCUGAUGACCCAAACCAAACUAUCUUCACUGUGACUAUCAAAGAUCUGGAAGUUAAGGACACUGCUUAUUACUGGUGUGCUGUGGAGAUAGAUAAGGGGAAUGAUGUCAAAGAGUAUUUUCAUCUGUCAGUUACCAGAGGUACUCCAAGUCUGUAUGUGGACCAACAAGAAAUAACAACAUAUGAAGGAGGAAGUGUGACUGUCAGAUGUCACUGUCAAGAAAGAGAAGAACGAAAGUGGUGCAGGUUCUCACACCAACAUCCUGUCAGGUGUGUGUCAGAGCCAUCUGGAUCAAUACAUGGAACAAGAGUGACCAUCGAUGCAAGUGCACGCAAUGUUUUCACUGUGACUAUGAGUGGACUGAGGACAGAGAGCAGUGGCUGGUACUGGUGCGGCAUUAAAAACUUUCAGAUGCCAGUGCGUAUAACUGUUCAUGCAUUAACCUCAACUACAACUACAACGACUCCCAGUACAGCAGACAUUAUAACGACACUUCCAACCACUGCCCAGCAUUCCUCCCUGCUUACGAGUGCAGAGCCACACACAGCUCAGCCCACAAACUCCGCCAUAAACGGGACAGCUGGAGAGAGCCAGCAAGAUGAGAACAAGAGUUCCACUAUGGUGAUCAUUCUCACCACCACCCUCAUCUUACUGCUGUUGAUUGUACUUGCCGCCUUUUUGGGGUGGAAUAUGAUGAGAAGAUAUAAAAACAAGCCUCAGAGGACGGACAUCACUGCGGGCUCACAUACUGGGAGUGAUCCUGAUGUGCAGUAUGCCACCAUUGUUCAUAAGCAACAUGUAGCAGACCAGCAGAAGAACGAAGACAGUGUGACGUACAGUAACAUUGUGUUGAAAGAUCGCGUGCGACAAAUGGCUGAACCAGUAGAUGGAAGUGUGAUCUACAGCACAGUACACUCUACAACAGAAUAGGUGCCUGUUAGCAGAGAAGAUGGGAGAACGUCAGUCCUGCAAGUAUGGCAACACUGAUGAAAUCAAUCGGAUGUGCACUUUAUUUGUGGUAUGUUACAAGUGCCUGUAGAAGUGAACAUAGCCACCGUGACGUCACCCAUUGGUUUGUGGACUGCAAUUUUGAAACUUUUUGGCUGUCACCAUCUUGUUUUUGGAGCCAGAAGUGACCAUAUUUGGAUGAAAGGGUGGAGCUGUGAAGGAUUCCCACUGCUAUGCCUCUGUACUGAUUGACAGGUCACCAUGGUAGCAACCUUUCUAUCACACUCUAAAGUAUACCCUGCUUUAUUGUCUAUUUUACUCUAAAUGGGAUCAUAAUUUACAAAAUGGACAUCAUGCUGUAUUGAAGAGGACUUGCAACCAGUAAUGGAAAAGGUUUACUGAGGUGAUAAAGGAAAUGAGAAGCAGGGUCAUCUUCUCAUGGACCCUAUGAUCCCAGUACAAUCGGACUUUUGCUUGCACCCACUGGAGUCACCCUCUUCUGGCUAUUAGAAAGAAUGCAGGUUUAAGGCACUUGCUUUUCAGACCUGGAGGAUGGAGGUUAGAACAUUUUGGAUAAAUCAAUCAACCCAGCAGUCUGUUAUUGGAGACAUGUCAAAUUUAAAGACUUUUAGUCAUGGACGUUCUAUGCAAACCCACACACAUACAGUUUAUCAAAUAAUGUUAAAUUUUUCACACGCACAUGCUAAAAAAAGCAAGAAUUUAGGAGGCAAUGCUAGCACAGUGGUGUUAAAACUUUAAAGGUGUGCUGUGGUGAAUUUGUCGCUGUCAGUUUGAAACACUGAGUAAAAGCAAAAGUUUGACUUUGGGUCAAGAGCAGAUCAGAGGCCAGUAAAACUGACCAAAUUAAGGAAGUGGCUAAAUGGUAGAGCAACAGUUUAACUCAUAUCAUCUCUUGAUGCAGCUUCUUCAGUCACCAGGUUGACAUUUAGCAUUUGAAAACUAUCAUGAUCCAGGGAGGACCUUUGUGAUACUUGUGAUUUUUUUUUUAUUGUAAAGCACUUCGUUUUUGUAAACUCACAUACUCAAAGCAAAAUGUAGCAGCAUGAUUAUGUGCUUUGCCGUCAAACCAAAUAAAUGUAAUUGCUUAAAA